AUGGUGCUGGAGGGUUGUAUGGUGAGUGGUGGUGCUGGAGUGGUGCUGGAGGGCGCCUGCGUCAAGCAUCCAGGAGAGGGCGGCCAAGUGGACGUCAUCUCCUGCCGACCAGUUGCCCUCCCGCUACUGCACCGCACCAGCUGCCGCCACCCGCUGCCGCACAGUACCAGCUGCUGCCACCCGCUGCUGCACCGUACCAGCUGCUGCCAUCCGCUAGCCAUGGGGAUCGACGCAAUGAUGAAAGCCAUGACACCUCAGAAGUCGAAGGGGAUGUUCGAAGAGGAGGCCGCGGCUAAAGCUGAGGGUGAAGGCGGUGGUGGUGAUAAUGGUAUGAGUACGCUCAAGGUGGGAGGUGGUGUGCCACAGCUUGAGGAGGUCACAUGCGUCUCCUACCUCUCGGUUGCCGACGAUAAUUCCGAAGACCGGAGGCCCUCCACGGCAGACAUUGUCAUCGAGAAGCUCCACGUUGAGAAGGUAGAAGGUGGGGGAGUAAGCAUCCAGGGAGUAGUCCUCGCAUCCCAUUGUCAUGUUACCCUCUGCGUGUUUGGGGUAUUCUUUAUUGUUGCCGGCGUCAUCUUAUCUUACGUCAGCUACAGUGUCAACAUGCAAGCAGGAGAACAAGGGAGCGAAAGCGAGAAACAGGAUGAAGUAGAGGAAGAUGAGGAGGAGGAGGUGCAGGAAGUGACGACAGAACUAACACCAACAGGAAAGGCAGAAGAGCAGCAGGAUGGUAAAGCAGGACCUCACCACGAAGUGUCCAGGGUGGCCCAGAUGCGUGUGAUCGGUCCUGCCUUCCUAGCCGCUGGCUUCCUCAUGCUCUGCCUCGGCGUAACCCUCUUCGCCCUCGCCAGAAAGUUGAGCCACGACGAGAAGGGCAAGCAGCGAGCCCUGGCCGACCAACAGUUGUGUCAACUAGAGAACAGCUUCAGCUACGCUAACACCUCCAGCUCUCCCAUGCACACCUCCGCCCCAGCACCACACCAGCAAUACCCGAUCCUGGCUGUACGUCGCAACUCUUGGUGGGUAGAACCAACCAAGAAAGAGGCGAGCGGCAUCUUCUACAGUACAGAGGAGCCUAAGGACUCCUCUGCGCAAUGUGCAUUACCUCCUGGUGAGUGUGCGUCGCCACCGCCACAGAUUACAAGUCAUGGGCUGCUGGAGCUGCUGCCAGAGUCGUCAGACACCUUCAACUACAAAGGCAUCGCCUGCUUCCCACCACCCACCAUUACUGUAUCGUCAUCGGUCAGGGAGCAGCAAAUAUCUCCUCUACCAGAGUGUGACGACGAGUUCAUCACGAUCAGUGAUAACCGGCCACCACCCAACAGUGCUGCAGUACCAUCCUGUGCCGAGUAUCGCUGCAUCACUCCACUGCUGGCCAGCACGGCCCAAGAACUGCGCACAGCUGUUCUCGUGCCUUCCAGCGCCACUACUGUGCGCACUCCUGGCACUUCUGCCUCUUCCCAGCUUCCCCAUAUACAG